AUGUACGCCAGCCAACCCAUCGCCGCCGAGGGUGCCACAAUCAAUCCCGCUGCCCUCAACUCUCCCGCCUCCCAGGUCCAAUCCAAACGAUCCAGACCCAUGAAGCCUCACUCGGGCGAUGUUUCUGAGGCGGCGGCUCAGCCUCCUGCUGCUGCCACCGCCGCUCCUAUCCUCCCUCCUCCUGUGACGCCACAGUCGCAGGCCACUCCUCUUCCUGCUCAUCCCACGCCAGCGUAUUCCGGAGGUACCGCUCCUCCCAAGACGACUCCCACCAAAUCAACCCUCAAGGCUCUGCCCACCGUUCGCGACCACACAACCGACCAGCUCAACCAAGCCGGCGAUGAAUACAUUCCCAGAGAGAUCGACGAGUUUGGUGAGAAGAAGGUCAUGGCCAAUGGUCAGCUUCUAGGCAACCGAACCUACCGCUGCCGGACUUUCCUUGUGCCUAACCGUAGCGACAAGCUCUUCAUGCUCGCCACCGAGUGCGCCCGUGUUCUCAGCUAUCGAGACUCGUACCUGUUAUUUAACAAGAACAGGUCUCUCUUCAAGAUUAUUGCCAGCCAGGCCGAAAAGGAUGACCUUGUCCAGCAGGAGAUUCUCCCCUUCUCGUACCGCUCCCGCCAGAUUGCUAUUGUUACUGCCCGCUCCAUGUUCCGUCAGUUUGGAAGCCGCGUCAUUGAAAAUGGCCGCCGCGUGCGUGACGACUACUGGGAGACCAAAGCCCGCAAGCAGGGCUUCACUGAGAACGAUCUUGCCGGCGAGAAGCGUCCCGGAGCUGCGAAGGCUCGCGAGGCUGCGGAAGCCCAGAACAAUGUCAUAAUUCCUGGACCCCACACCGAGAUUGUCUAUAAUAACGCCCCAGGACCGUAUCCAGGCGCCACACAGCCUCACAUCGUCCAACCAGGUAUGAUGGGAGGCCCCGGAUCUACCACGAGGAUGCCCGCGUUAACAGUCGCUCCAGACCUCAAUGAUAACCGCCCAAGGGACUAUUCAGGAAUUGUUAGACGCGGCCCGCGUCAGGAAAUUACUGGACCGGCUUACCAGGAUCAGACUCGGCCUUCUCCCGUCCUGGAACUCCAUUCCCAGACUCACCACGCCGCCGAGUUUAACAGGUCCGUGAACCAACAGCGUGACAUGCGCGGCGAUUAUCUCCAGGGCAUCUGGCACCGUCCUCAUGAGCAGCCUCCUUCCAGCCUCACGCAACCCGUUGGUACAUCGGAUGCCGCGCCGACCUCCCGCGCCACUACUUCUCCCCAUGCUGCCGCUGCAGGUCUGCCCCAGCCUGGUGGAGUCCCUUCUCGAUCUCCCCAGAUGAUGAUGACCAAUGCCCCCUACUCACAGGGUAUCAGCGCCCAGAUGGGACAGGGUAUGAGGCAAGGAUCCACAGGCAGCAUCAACGCCGGACAGCCCGGCUACAACUAUCAGUCCGGACAAAUGUGGUCACAAAACCCACAAGCGGCCCAAGGCGCAUACGGAAGCUACACCACCCAGGGCCAGCAGCCACAUCCCACGCAGUCACCGGCCUCUAUGCGUCAGCCCGGAAGUGGCCAGAUGCAAAAUAUGCAAUUCCCCCCCAUGGGAGCAGCCAUGCCGCAGUAUGGUGCCCAGCCAAGCAUGUACCCUACGGAUCAGACGCCCAGGCAGUAUAUGCAGCAGCCUGCUGCGGCUCAGCCGGGCGUCGGGCAGGCGUGGCAAGGACAGCACUCACAAGCCCAGCAGCAGCAGCAGCAGCAGCAACAACAGCAACACUGGUGGAACCCAUCUCAGCAACCGCAAUAA